AGCGGGCUGUGAAAACUGGCGCGUCUCCUUGUUUUAAACACGUUGUUUAGCUAACGUGUCGUGAAUUUUAAUCGGUUAAACAUAUAACACAAGUUAUCCAUACGUUUCGUCAAACUACUUUCGUUCCCAGAUUUGGAAUACACCGACUCAUCGCAUUACCACGCCGUUUUGUUUAGUUGGUUUGCUGGUUAGCAUUAGCCCCAUGUAAGCAAAAGUUCGCCGUUAUUCGCAAAGAAGUGCUAGGAACUAUUGGUAGCUCUUUUAGCUAAGUUGCUACGUCGACAAAGUAAGCUUCGAUAGCUCAUCGCUUAUUAUGCAUUAAACGCUCGUCUGAUAAAGACUUGACAGUUGUCGGCGAAGCCAAGGACAAGAAAUAACCUAAUAGCUGACCAACUAGUGGAAGUAGAAGCUAGUUUGGUUAGUCUUUUGAAGUUAGCUAGCUGGUUAGCUAACUAGCUAAAUGCUUAUCACGAGAAUGGACCUAUUGAACUAUCAGUACUUGGACAAAAUGAACAAUAACAUUGGGAGACUACAUUACGAAGAUGAGUCAGGUCUCACAGGAGAGUCCAGGAUGCAACCCAUGACCUCUUCCAUGGGCAGUUCCAGAACGGGCCCCCCACCCGUAAGUCCGAGCAAAAGGAAAUACAUUGGGGAGCGCAUCGAGGAUCGCAUUGAUUGCGACAAUGAGCAUGUGACCAAAAUGAGCCGAUUGUUCGCUGCACAACUGAGGGCAAAAGCUUCAAAUGGAGACAACGGUCAAGACCCAUGGAGCCAUGGCCAUAGCCCCUUUGAGUAUCCACCUUCAGCAAUUAACAAUCUUCAUGGCAACUUGGUGUAUGCACCCAUGCCCAUCUUUGCCAUGGACCAGCCAUUGGCCCUGACUAAAAACAGUGUGGACACUGGGAGAACCAACACAACAUUGCCAGGCACCGGCCUUGUAGAGCGCCAGCAGAAUCGCCCUUCUGUGAUAACGUGCGCCCCAGCGAGCAAUCGCUCUUGCAACCUGUCCCACUGCCACAUGUCCCAUGACAACUGCAACUCUAACUCCAACUCCAAGAGCAAAGCAAAUGCCAACUUGGUGUGUGACCCUGUGAUCGAGGAACACUUUCGCCGCAGCCUGGGCAAGAUCUACAAAGAGCCAGAGCCGGCUAACAACUCGGUCUCCAUCACAGGCUCCGUGGACGACCACUUUGCCAAAGCUUUGGGUGAGACCUGGCACCAGAUCAAGGCCAAGGGCAGCGAUUCCCGUAGCCCCAAGUCCUCGUCGUAAAAGAAGAGUGGCGACAAGCCUCUCACAAUGUCCCCUUUUUAUGAGAUCAUGGGGAAUGAUGCUCUCCCCCACUCCCCCUCUCUGAGCGGUUUCGCUUUUACGUGCAGCUCUUUGUCUAUGUACUUCCAUUUAUAGCCAAUCAUAGAGGAGCAUUGAACAACACUAGUGACAAUGAUAUUGCAAAGUUGUAGAUUACAAGACGGUAUUAUUGUUUCUUGAUAAAGCAUUAGGCCAAAUAUUGAGAAAUUAACCUUAUAGAAACAUAGGCCUUGUCUGAGCUUGGCUACCAAAGACAAAUCUUAGUGUUAAAAAGCCAUCGUUUCAGUGAUAUCCUUUCCUUGGCUCUUUAACUUUUAUCUUAAUAUAUUGUGUGUGUAUAUAUUUACUUGAAAUGGACGGCCAAGGCUGGUUUUGCACUGUGGCAUAGGUGGCUGGCGAAGAAGUUAAAGGAUAUUGACAAAAUUAAGCAUCUGGCCCUUUUUUCCACUGCCUUUGUUUCCCAAACCAUAAAAUAUACCAGAGUCUUGGGUUUAACAAGGCCCUAGUGCACUAAUUGGCUGGUUGUAAAUACAUCUUCAUUUAUUGGUGCGAAAUAGAUUUUCACACUUAACGCUAAAGCCCAGGCAAGACCGAGGGAAGUGGCUGGGGUCUAACCAGAGCAGGUGUAUCUGGAGGGCUUGGAGAUUAGCUGUGCUGUUUAGAGCCAACAUCAGCCACAUGCUUCCCUGAUAUCUCUAUCACUGAAACAACCAAUAAGUUGAACAAUGCUUCCUGAAAUUUCCUCUUGCUAUUAAUCUUUUUUUUUUUUUUUUUAACGUACGAACAAUAUGAUUUGUGAUGGAGUUCAGGCGAAAGCUGCCUUGGGAAAUUUGCAGUUAAAAUAGUGAUGAUGUAAUAGUGGCUGAUCUGCGAUCAUUGUAGCCCUAAACAUACUGAAUAUUAUUAUUUUUCUUAUUUUAGGAUAUUUUGUUGUUUAUUUUUACCUUUAGCAAUGAAAACCAGCGAGGGGGAUUUGUUUGGCACCUAUAGGGCACUUGUUCACUGGCAAUUAAUGUUUUUUAUCACCCAAACUUCCACAAAGCAAGUAUCACCAGGUGAUUUAGACUGCACUUGUCACUGUGUGCUCCAUGUGUAUUUUCCUGUAAAACGCACAUGUGUAUAACUUAACAAAGAUGAACUGUGCAAAACACACCUGGGGAGAACAAGUAAGGAUGCCUGUUAAUUUCACACUCCAAGUUUCCUUUUGUUUUCAUAACACCUUUUGUUCUUUUCCUGUUUUGUCUGCUUUUGCCUUUUGUUUUGGUUCCUGAAGCACAUUCUUUUGGUCUACAUCGGCCAAUGGAAUAAAGUAGGUCUACUGCUUCCAAAAAAAAAACAUGCAUGCUUGAAAUAGCUGGUAUCUAUGACAAAAAACGUAUCAUACUCUAUGCUAACGACUCUGAGAUUUCGUUUUAUUUUUGUCAGUAACAGUUAAAGAAAUACUUACUGCUGGCACAGUUAUUGUACUCAAUAUAUUUUUUAUAUCAGUACUCAUCCGUUUUGCCGCUCGCUUGAAGAAUUAAGGGCCUCUGGAAAGGCACGCUGCUGCCGGGCAGGGGGGCCUGGUCUCCCCCCUCCCCGAUCACUGCAGUGCAGGAUGCGAUGGCUUCAUGCAGACUUGUAUCAUGUAGAAAACAAACAAUCUUAAACAUUUGCUGCCUGGUCAACAAAGAUACUUUCACCAUCUAUCUUUUUGUUUGUCUUGUGCUUUUUUUUUCAUGAGGAAAAAGCUUGACGCUUUUGCAAGUGGUGUCUGAAUGAAGGGGAUAUACAUUCCUAGCAUGAACUCAAUGUUGGGAGUCCCAUCCGUCUCGAAUGCACAGGUGCAGUUGGGAUGGAUGCCAGUCACUUAUUUUAGAUCUUCCAAGCCAGCAAUGGCACACUGGGUGUAGCUGUUGGUCCUAAUGUGCAUUUCUUUCACUUUAUACUCUGGUUUGUGAAUGUUGCUUUGGGGUUUAGUAUAUACCGGUAUCUCAUUUUCUUCUCUCCUGUCUCUGAUAUGUGAUAUCUCAUGGGAGUCAUUGUCUUAAGUGAUUGAAAGUCUAGCUGUAAGUCAGCCAGAAAUGAAAACUGCUUUAGUGUUCCUUUAAUCUGAGUUUUGCCUCAGAUAUAGCAAUACACACCAUUAUGUUUUGGACUGAUCUAAACCUGCUAAAGGCAUGGAGACGUGUUAUUUUGUUACCACCCGAAAGCUUUGUUGGUGAUGGGCCUGUUCCUGCUCAGAGGUUUCCUAAACCUUUUUGUCUGGUGAACAGUGAGUUUGCGAAAGCAGCAAUUUACCUGCAGUGUACAUCGUAGGAGCAGUAUCCAGGACCAGUAUCUCCUGUAGGAAGCCAGCCGAUUUAUCUUUUUUUUUUCCUACGUUAUUUGCUCUUAAAUUUUAAGAAUGGCGAGUCAUUGUCUGUGUGAUGGACUUCAGCCAUGCUUGAGAUGAGAGCAGCAAUUACUCUUUGAGGGCCAAGUGUCUGACUGGUGUGGCUCUCUGCAUUUGAUGUCAGGCACAUCACUACCCCAACACCAACACCAGCAGGCCCAGCCGGACUGAAAGGACAGACACCAGAGGUGACCACCGGGUUGAGACUAUGGCUGGAAUAGAGUAGCCUGAUUAUCAUCGACUUUCAAAUCUCUUCGAGACUUGGUCUGACCAAGAGCAUAACAAUUAACAUUUCCCAAACGGCCUCCCUUGGUUUGCUAAUGAUUGUUUGCUUCCCAACAAAGUGGGAGGAGUUCCCGUAUUUGCGGGAACUCAGAAAGUACUUGCAUUGCUCUUGACCUGACUGGUAGCAACAACGCUGAAGCUGUUGCGUCACUAGGAGGGCACGGCCUGGCUAGGAGUAGAGACACAAGGGAAGCUUUGACCAACCCCAGCAGGUUUGCUGCACAGCCUAUACUUCCCCUGCUUUGGCCCACUGUUUGGGUGUUUUGUCCUUGUGGGUAAGCAGUGUCGAUUAUUGCACCUUCAGACCAACAGUGUCUGUUGUCAGGGACAGAUUUAAGAGCAAUACCGUAGACCAAGACUGAUAGCAGUGGAGCUCCUUAUUGACCGGAAGAUGGGUGGUUUUAAAUGUGAUGCGUACAUAAAUCUUCUGGUUUUGUGCUGACUCGCAUAAAAAAAUGUGAAGCGUGCGUGAUGCAGCAUUCUUUUCAAAGUGCAUCACUCCCUGUUAGUUGGCAUCUGGUGCCAAGGAUGUAUUCAGUUGACCCUCACUCUUGGACCCUUGCAUUUUCUUCAAGCUUUCAAGUUGAUGUGAUUUCAAAAUGCUUCUUUUUCCACACUAUACUGUAUGUGUAAGACUAUCAUUGUGCUGUGCGCAAUGAACGCUACUUUUUUCUCCCCUCAUCACGAGUACAUGGUUCAUGAUGGGUAGUUAUUUAAUAUUCAUUAUUCUGCCAGCAUGCAUUUAUUUCACAUAAAAAAGUUGAUCUUUUUUAAAAGACCUUUCAGUCAAAUUCAGUUUUGUUAAGGUAGUGUUUUGGCAACAUGGCUUAAUAACAAGGACACAGAAAUAUAUUUUCUUUUUUCCUUUCUAUUGGUGUGUCUCUGUGCCGCGAAACAGACCAAAGUCGUAAGAACUGCCUAUUUGAUAUGGGUCUGUGGGUUCAGUGAGUUCACAGAGUUCAGUGCGACUGUUCAAAGCAUCCAUCAUGAGCACUGUGUUCAAAAACCUUCUGGUGAAAUGUCAUUAACAGUUUGUUAUAAAGUGUUCUUCACGUUGGUGGCCUUUUUUCUUUUGAAAAAUGCUUUUUGUACUCCCUAACUUUAAGAACAUUAAAGUGCUUUUAUCACAA